AUGAUGCUGGAAUGUGUUGACGGUAGCUAUUCUUUGAAGGAGCGUACAGAAUAUAAAGUAAAGGUGGUGGUAGGGUGGUGCUACCACCUCCAAUACCCAAUCACGCUUUUCAAUGAGCUGUACUAUCUUAAUGCCGGGGGAACAAUUUGGACAGAUGGAUCACCUCCAUUGCAUAGUUUAUCAAUCAUUGGUGAAACAAAGUUUUCCCUCGAUUGGUCCAAGUCAAAUCUUAAAAAUAGCAUCAAUACAUCCAACGACAAUGACACUGCUGUUGACAUUCUUGGAAGGAUGGCUUCGGUACUUCAGGAGAUUCAUACUUCAGCACCAGUAACUUCCGCUUUUGGAACAAACUUGCUGCAAAAGGGGGAGGAAAACAUUGGACAAUUCCUUUGUCUGAAAGGGAUUGAAUAUCACAUGGGUAACACCUAUGAUGUUCAUUUCUAUGCAUCUUUUUCCUUAAUCAUGCUAUUCCCAAAACUGGAAUUUAGCAUCCAAAGGGACUAUGCUGCAGCAGUGAUGAUGCAUGAUCCUAGUAAGAUGAGACUUCUGCAUGAUGGAAGUCUAGUCUCAAGAAAAGUUCUUGGUGCUGUUCCUCAUGAUAUUGGAAUGAAUGAUCCAUGGUUUGAAUUAAACUAUUAUAAACUUUACAACACAGAUAGGUGGAAAGAUUUGAAUCCAAAAGCUGUUCUGCAAGUUUACAGGGAUGUGGUUGCCACAGGUGACAGACAGUUUGCGCGAGCUGUUUGGCCCUCAGUUUAUACUGCAAUGGCUUAUAUGGAACAAUUUGAUGUGGAUGGGGAUGGGAUGAUAGAAAAUGAAGUGUUCCCCGAUCAGACAUAUGAUACAUGGUCUGCCUCUGGUGUUAGUGCCUAUUGUGGGGGGCAGCCUUGCAGGCUGCUUCUGCUAUGGCUCGUGAAGUUGGUGACAAUGGUUCUGUAG